CUGGGCCCUCUUACCAGACAAACAUGAACCUGGGAGGCCUUUUUUCCUUUCUGGGGUUGGUUAGUGACACAAUAAAGCUCAAGAACAACGAAAAGUAUCUGAUUUUGAAGGACUUCAGCCUCAUUAUUGAGCCGGGCCAGACAAUAGCUCUGGUUGGUGCUAGUGGCUCCGGUAAGAGCACCAUAAUACAUCUACUUCAACGAUUUUACGACCCCACCGAAGGCCAGGUUCGUAUUGAUUAUUAA